AAACAAGCAAACAGUUCAACGUGGAGGGAUUAUACAGUUGGAGAAAAACACCGCAGCUCUGACGUCACACCAAAAAAAGGACGCACCUUUUUUUACGAUUUUAACAAUGCCUCCCUCCAGUUUCAUUAUCAUGAAUGCGACAAAAACACCAACCUUGUGCUGCGGUUAAAUCCCAAACUUUGACUUUAUUUAAAGCCGCCAUCCAGGUGCAGAUCACGCCAACGCAGGGAGAGAUCAGCGUGGGAGAGUCCAAGUUCUUCCUCUGCGAAGUGACGGGAGAUGCUAAAGACAUCGACUGGUACUCCCCCAGUGGAGAGAAGAUCCUUCCCAACAGGCCGGACAUUAUCGUGAGCCGCGGAGAUGAAACCAUGUCCACGCUCACCAUCUACCACGCCAACGUGGACAGCGCCGGCAUCUACAAGUGUGUCGCCAAGAACGGAGACAAGGAGGCGCAGGCCACGGUGCAAGUGAAGAUCUUCCAAAAGAUCACCUUUGAGAGCGCCCCCAGCCCUCAGGAGUUUAACGAAGGCGAUGACGCGGCCAUCGUCUGCAACGUGAUCAGCUCUCCUCCUCCCAGCAUCAUCUGGAAACACAAAGGCUCCAAGAUCCAGGCUGCCAAAGACGUGAGAUUUAAGAUCCUGGAUAACGGCCACCUGCAGAUCCGCGGCAUCAAGAAGAUCGAUGAGGGCAUGUACAACUGCGAGGCGAGAGUCAUGGCCCGCGGAGAGAUCGACUUCAAGAUGAUCAAGGUCGUCGUUAAUGUGCUCCCCACCAUCAGGGCGAGGGUCUCCGAUGUGAACGCCACCGCAGACAACUCUGCCUCCGCCCUGCUGGCCUGCGACGCCGACGGCUUCCCCGAACCCACCGUCACCUGGGCACAUAACAACAUCGUCCUUGAAACCGGCGAUAAGUACAGCCUGAACGAGGAUGGUUCUGAAUUGGUAAUAAAAGAUGUCAAGAAAGUGGAUGAAGGAGAUUACACUUGCAUCGCCAAGAACAAGGCGGGAGAGAAAUCCGAGGAAGUGAGCCUGAACGUGUUCGUGCAACCCAAGAUCACGUACCUGAGCAACCAGACGGCCUCAGAGUUCGAUGAGCAGGUGACGCUGACCUGCGAGGCCUCAGGAGACCCCACCCCCUCCAUCUCCUGGAGCUUCGAGACCCGCGUGUUCACCGAAGGAGAGCAGAGCCUCGACAGAAACAUCGUGGUCCGCAGCCACGCCCGAGUGUCCUCGCUCACGCUGAAGAACGUCCUGUUCACGUAUGCCGGGAAGUACCUCUGCAGCGCCGGGAACUCCAUCGGACAGGACGAGCAGCACAUGUUCCUGGAAGUCCGCUAUGCUCCUAAGAUCCUGGGCUCGGUGACGGUGUACACGUGGGAGCGGAACUCGGCCAACAUCAGCUGUGAGGUGGAGGCUCACCCUGCAGCCGCCGUGCUGUGGUUCAGAGACGGCCUGCAGCUGCCCUCCACCAACACCACCAACAUGAAGAUCUACAACACGCCCUCUGUCAGCUACCUGGAGAUCACUCCUGAUUCCCAGAAUGACUUCGGCAGCUACAACUGCACCGCCUCCAACGUGAUGGGCUCUGAGUCCAAGGAGUUCCUUCUGAUCCAAGCAGAGGUGCCAUCCUCUCCAGAGAUCCAGCAGGUGGACCCUUUCUCCAGCACCGCGGUGGUGAGCUUUGAGGAGCCCGACUCCAUGGGGGGGGUCCCCAUCAUCAGAUACAAGGUGGAGUGGCGUAUGAUUGGCCAGGACUGGAAGAGCAUGGAGCACGACGCUAAAGACGACCUGAUCAGCGUCACCAUCGCUGGGCUGAAGCCGGAGACCACCUACGAGGUCAAGAUGUCCGCCAUCAACGGAAAAGGAGAAGGCGAGAGCAGCGCGGCGAGCAGCUUCACCACCGAGCCCGUCCAAUACUCUUUCACAAUUUCCUCAGAGACCCCUCCUCAUAUUGCUGCCACCACUUUGGCCCUUAGUGAGUAUGCCGAAGGGGAACCUAGUGCACCUAAACUGGAGGUGAAGGUCCUGGAGAGGGGCAACUCUCUGAAGGUGAACUGGAUCAAGCAGGACGACGGCGGAUCCCCCAUUAAACAUUACCUGGUCCGAUACAAGGCUAAGCACGUGUCUGAGUGGAAGCCAGAGAUCCGAAUGCCUCACAACAGCGAGUACGCGACGCUGAGCGGCCUGGACUGGAACACGGAGUACGAGGUGUACGUGGUGGCCGAGAACCAGCAGGGAAAAUCAGAGCCGGGUGUCGUCUCCUUCAGAACCGCCAGCGACCCCACCACCAUCCCAGACGCAGCGACCGGAGGUUCAGGUAUGGGCACCGGCGCCAUCGUUGGCAUCCUCAUCGUGGUCUUCUUCCUGCUGCUGGUGGGGGUGGACGUCACCUGCUACUUCCUGAAUAAAUGUGGCCUCCUCAUGUGCAUCGCCGUCAACUUCUGUGGGAAGGCCGGGCCGGGGGCCAAGAGCAAAGACAUCGAGGAGGGCAAGGCCGCGUUCACGAAAGAUGAGUCCAAGGAGCCCAUCGUGGAGGUGAGAACAGAGGAGGAAAACACUCCCAACAGGGGGGGGGGUCCCACUGAGCCCAACGAGACCACGCCCCUCACAGAUCCUGAGCCUCCUGCUGCAGACUCCACUUCCUCCCCGGUGGUGAACGUGCCCCCCCCCUCCACCGCCAAUAACUCUGAGAGCUUUAGCACGGCGCAGAGCAGUCCGGUUAGCGAGAGCACCACCACGCUAACCAUCAGCCCUACCAAAGCCCCCCCAAAAAACAACCCCCCGAUCAAAACCAGUGAUUCUAACGCUAACCCCCAGCCUGAUGUUGGGCCCCUGGUUGACCUGAGCGAAACCCCUAAAGUCUCAGAGGCCCCGAGUACGGACUCACAGGUAGACGGCCCGAACGAGGAUGCACCCAAAGCCCCGAGCACAGACUCCAACACACCGGCCCAAAAUGACGGUAAGAUUGUGAAGGAUGGAAACACUAAAGUGGGCGAGACGGAGGUGAAGAACGCCACGGCCGAAGUGAAGACGGUCCCCAGCGAGGCCCCGCAGACGAACGGCAACGAAAGUAAAGCGUAAAACAGGAAGAAGAGGGUGGUUUAUGGGGGGGUUUAAUGGGGUGUAGGGUUUUUAAGGUUAAAAAAGGGGGGGUCACAGUCACUGAAACCUCAAAAAAAGCAAUGUCACGCACCACCCCAUCGCAUCAGGAGGAAAAUAAAUCAUGAGUCAUUUUCUACCGUGUCUUCUGACCAGGGAAAUGUAAAGACCUCAUGCACAUGCCUUAGUUCCUUUUACAUCUACUCGUCACAGAAAUAAAAUGCAUAGUUCCUCCUCUCGUUUGUAAUAUUAAAGUGGUAACCCUGGUUGGACUGUAGCUUUAUACACAAAUGUAAGGAUACAUUACCAACACUACUUGUCUUUAUGCAGUACGGUCAUCACCUGGUAAUGGAUUAUGGGUCUUUCUUCCUUUGUUGAUAUUUUGUUGUGUUUAAAUAAUGUACUGCCUAUUUAGCUUUUUUUAAUGUGUUAUUUCCAGGGUUAGAGAUUAGAGCGUUAGCAUGCCUGUUUUUUGCAAAGUUACUGUAUUUCUGUACAUGUUGCUGUCGUUUAUUUUGCUCAAAUGUUGUCUCCAAAUGGUUCCGGUGGAGAAAUCGUUUUAAAGCCUAAGCUAUGAGAAAUGGAAGAAAGAUUUAUCACGCUAUUAAAGACCGGGGCGUUUCAACCCUGUCUCCUAAAAAAAUAUGUUUGUAUGUACAUGUUUGCUGGUGUAUAGGUCCGCCUGAUACAUUUGACUUUGCAGAUAUAUUGUAAAAAUCUGGAUGACAUUUCAAAACAAACUUUCUGUUUUUAAGGAGACAGGGUUAGGGUUAGGAGGCGAUCACAUUAAGGAUACAAGCUGUGUUAUGUUGAGGGGCCAUAUCCCUCAGAGUCAAAAUUUAAGACUAAAUAUGACUCACGACAAAAGAAAAACACUGCCUUAUUUGCUGAUAUAAACCAAUGGUGUCUCAUGUGUCCCAUCAUUCACCAGCUGAUUACUUGCUCAUGAAGUCAGAAAAUGAUCAUGUGACCAAAUAUACCGGGUGUAUCCACAUGAUCCCUUAAAAUAUGAGCAAAACCAAUGGAACUAAUGCUACAGGAUGUAAAUAAUGGAAGCCUUGCCAGACGUUGGAAGUAUCUAAAUAGUGAAAGUUAAAUAAGUUAUUCACUUAUUGCCAGUUAUCCAUUGUGUCACGAUAGAAAAGCCUGAAUGCUUCACCGACCCAGGUUUAUAAACCAUGCUAUACGAAAGGAUGUGGCUCCUUUAAAGGGACACGGCUUGCUUUAUGUAAUUGUUAAUAUUGCAGUAGAGUGGUUCAGCGAUGUCGUAUUUAUGUGGUCAAACCCUAAAGGUACUAUCUUACUAGUUCCCUAGACAAAAAGCCAAUUGGAUUGUGAAUGAUUGCAGAAAUAAGCUCCAACCACACACCGUAUUUCAAGCCAUUCAAAAAAACAUUGACUUCAAGAUGAGGGAUCAGGAAGUGCUAAAACGCUGACUCAUUUCCGGGGUUUAGGACUCAUGCCUGCACCACUCUAAUGGUUUUCUAUCUUACAAAACCACACAUAACUUUAAACAUGUGGGAUUGAACUCUUAAGGCUACGUGUGUUUUGUCUAAAUUAUUUCUGUUGCUCAAACUCGUUGAACACCAGUUUCAACUGCCAGCAAUUAGCCUCGUCCCGUUAUUUCCUUUAGGUUAAACAUCUCUACCUUCUCCUAUGGUUCAUAGCCAUCGUUGCCUUCUCUGUGCUAACCACUAUUCACCGCUCAACCGUCCUCUUUCACCACAACGUGUGAGUUUGUGUCACCUCUGCUUCCACCGUCCUGCAUUACUUAGUGUGUGACAUGUAUUGUAGGUUUAGUACAGUUCACAAUCAGUUAAUCACUCCCAGCACAAGGACCACUUAGCGGAAAUUAUCUGGAAAAUGUCUGUAAAUUACUAAAAAAAUAAGACGACAGUUGACAUAAAACAUUUUUCUUUUUCUGAUAUGCCCAGCCAGAAAAAUGUAAGAAAUUGAGAUUUGUUAAGAGAACACACGCAUUGAAGGAAGUGGUGUGUUCGGACGAGUUUUAAAGGACUUUGGUAGUUUACCCAAAAUGUGAGAAUAAAUGAUCUGUGUUUCUGAUACAUCAAUACUCACAGAUAGCAUUAUAAUAAACAGCAGAUGGUUUAAUUUAAUGAAAAUAAAUAUUAUUUCUUUACUGCUAAAAGAAAACCCAAACUGCAUGGUAUGAUACAUUUGGUGUGAGUAUUUUUGAUUUAUUGGGGUUUUUGAAAAGAAAGUAGAAUAAAAAUGUAACUUAAAUUGAUACUACUCAAAAUACAGUCAAGUGAAGCUGGUUAAACAGUCAAAACUAAAUGCAUCGUUUUUGUACUAAUUGCGGUUUUAGAUAACACCAAUGCUAACAUUUUAGCAUGCACACUAUUGCCAAAAGAAAACCCAAUCGGCUACAACCAUGAAGGAAACUCCACGUCAGUUUGAUGCGGACAAAUUGGAUUUGUAUAAGGAUUGUAAAAAUACAUAAAAAUGUAACUCAAACAAAAGAAAGCUUCAGGUUGAGCUGGAUAGAAAACAACGUAUUCCCAAAACUCACUGAAUGCAUACGUUUUGACCUUUUUUGUACCCUUGGAUGUUAAAAAUAAAGCAGAUUGAGGUGUUAAAUAAUGCCGAUGCUAACUUUUUAGCAUGCACACUUCACAGAAACACCUAGACUUUGACACCAGUCCAUUAAAUAUUUCGUAACACGACCAAAAGCUAGUCCUUUGAAACUCAUUAAAAUAAAGCCACCAGGUGCUCUGAUAUUAGGGUUAAUGGAGAUCCUGAGCCUGUGAGUGUGUCUUUAAAUGAAUGUGCACACACAAGCCUUUCAGUUCCCGUCCUUUAAAAAAAAAAACUGAAUGAAGAAGACAUUUGCUCCUUUCAAUUAUGAAGGAUUUUAGCGUUUGAAAGUCUGUUUGGGAAGUUUUUUUGUGUACAGUGUUCCUCUUCUUUAGACUGCAAGCUAGUACACUGUGAAUGUGUGAGUGCAUUGUGUCUUUUGUCAUAGCGAGUAGUAGUUUGAUCGUGAAUAGCCGGUAGGAUGUUUCCAACAGCAGCAAACUGGAGAGACAGUGCCUUUGAAUGACAGAAAGUGGUGGCAUGCAUUACAUUCCUCUGUGUCUGAACAUUAGAAAUCACAUCUCCAUCUUUCUGCAGGUUUUUCAUUUACUACAUUUUCACAUGUGCUUUGUCACAGAAUGAUUCUGGGUUAUUACGGUUUUAUUUUGGGGCGUUUCACUGAGAAAGAAAUGUAGAAACAUCACAAAGAAAACUAUUAAAGCAGAAUUAUGCUUAAAAUCAUUACAUUACAAAACUAUCAAACACAAUGACACGUUGCUCAGGUCCCGUCGUCAGUCAAUGAUCUGAAAUUGUUGGAUUUGUCAGCAUGCAAAAUAUAUUGGAAAUCACAGUUUUGGAAAUGGAAGAAAUAAUGAAGGCUUCAUGUGUUAUUGAUCUUCUUUCAAGUGUUGUGUAACCGGUUUCUCAAACUUGUUUUGUUUGCUUCACAGAGCUCUGAAAUGUAAUUAAAAAGGAAGAGUUGUCAUGAGCAGAUGUUACUGUUUCUUCUGAAAUACAGUGUGAAAAUAUACAAAA